UUGACUCGUCCAGCCGUGCGGCGCCGACGGCUGAAAUCGGCGAUUCGAACAUGGAAGUGAACAGAAUCACGAGGUAGACGACGACAAUCCCCACAGAAAGAAAGAGAGAGAGAUGACCAUGUCCUGUUCUUCCUAUUCGCCGGCGCAAUUUUGUUCACUAUCUGCCGGAGAAAGCGUGCUUCUACCUUCAUUUCAUCCACUAUUUCAUAAACCCAUUUCCGUUUCUGCAGGCCGAUAUGCGAAACUUCAUGUUAAGGGAUCAUUGCUUCGUUGUGCAUCUCCUGUAAACCCUCUAUCUGUUCCUGAACUUUGGGAAGAUGAUAUUUUUGGAGGAAAUGGCUCUAACAACAAACCUCCUGGCGGUGGAGGAGAUAAUAGCGGUGGAUGGAGAAGUCCUUUCCACUCUAAUGAUCGUGAAAGCAUCCUUUUUUACUUGUUUUCUAGAGUAAUUUCCGAUGAUAUAGAAGCGUUUGGUGCAGCUCGUAAACGGUUCAUCAUGCUCCUUCUAUCGGGAUUGUGUGGGUUUGGAUACUCUCAGUUGUUCUCAGCUCAGGCUACAACUGGAAACGGUACAUUACUGGGUAAAGAAGACCGAGAAGGUGAAGUUGUUUGGGAGGUGAAGGGAGGCAAGUGGAUGAAACUAUUGGCUGACCACAUUACAGACGCAUAUAUUGUUGCCAAUGGAAAAACUUCCUCUGUCAAAGGUCAUGUCAAGUCAUUUUCUUUUGACCAUACAAUCUCUGCCUUGUGGGUAGAAUGCAGAGAUCUUUGUGCAGGUCUUAUGCUUCCAGAAGGUUUUCCUGACAGUGUAACAAGCGAUUACUUAGAGUAUUCUCUCUGGAGAGGAGUACAGGGGAUUGCUGCGCAAAUAAACGGUGUUCUUGCUACCCAGUCUUUGCUUUAUGCUGUUGGGCUUGGGAAGGGAGCUAUUCCUACUGCUGCAGCUGUGAAUUGGGUACUCAAGGAUGGAAUUGGGUAUUUAAGCAAAAUUCUUCUAUCAAAUUUUGGAAGACAUUUUGACGUCAACCCAAAAGGCUGGAGAUUGUUUGCAGAUUUAUUAGAGAAUCUUGCUUUUGCAAUGGAAAUUUUGACUCCUGCAUUUCCACACCUCUUUGUUCCCAUUGGUGCUGCUGCUGGAGCAGGGAGAUCUGCAGGUGCAUUGAUACAGGCAGCUACAAGGAGUUGCUUCUAUGCUGGUUUUGCAGCUCAGAGGAAUUUUGCUGAGGUAAUUGCAAAGGGUGAAGCUCAGGGAAUGGUGAGCAAAUCAAUUGGUAUCAUGCUCGGCAUAGCAUUAGCUAAUUGCAUACGUUCAUCUACUCCUCUUGCUCUUGGUACUUUUGGUGUGGUAACUUGGAUUCACAUGUACUGCAACCUGAAAUCAUAUCAAUCCAUUCAUUUAAGGACGAUGAAUCCUUAUCGUGCAAGCCUAAUCUUCAGCGAAUAUUUACUUAGCGGUGUGAUCCCUUCAAUUAAAGAGGUUAAUGACGAAGAACCUCUUUUUCCAGCUAUAACAUCACUGAACAUGAAGCCGAGACACCAAGUGCAAUCUCCUGUACUGUCUGAAGAUGCUAAGGAUGCAGCUGCGAAUAUUGAGGGUCGCCUCCUGCUGGGUUCUAAGCUUUCUGAUGUUGUAAGGAACAAGGAUGAUGCAAUGGCACUUUUUGAUCUUUACAGAGAUGAGGGCUACAUUCUUACCGAACAUGGUGGAAAAUACUUCGUAACACUUAAAGAGAAUUCGUCACCACAAGACAUGCUAAAGUCAUUAUUCCACGUGAAUUACUUGUAUUGGUUGGAGAAAUUUGCAGGGAUCGAGACAAAAGGCGUUAACAAUGACUGCAAUUCAGGGGGAAAACUGCAAACAUCUCUCUCGUAUAUAUGUAGGGAAUUUGAUCAUUUGAAAAGUGAUGGUCAGGUAGUUGGUUGGGUUAUGGAUGGACUCAUAGCUAGGCCUUUGCCUUAUAGAAUCCUGCCUUAUUCUUCCUCUUCAAAUGUGGGAUGUUGAUUGCAUGUUCUUCAGUUAUAUUUCUUAACCACCCUUAUCCUGGAGAGGAAAAUACAGCAGCAUUCUUUUGUUCAUGAAAACAAGACUUAAGAUCAAUGAAAUGAUUCUGUUAUGAUGAUCCCAACAAAGAUGGAGUGGAUUUUGAUCAGAUGGAUACAAUGUUAGGAUAAUUUUGAAUACUUUAGUGGACUGAAAAUUGUAAUUGGAUUGAUUAUAGGCCUAAUCCAAUAUUAUAGAUAAUAUUAGUAUAAAUAGUACAAUCUUAGUAUUGUAACUUUAUGUGAUUUGUUAAGUCUAAUGAUUGAAUUCUCUUUCUAAUCUC